GCUUCACAGUGCAGUAACAUGCAGUGUGAGUGGUCGACCUCAAGGUGUGUGACUUUUGCAAAUAGGGUUUGUUUCGGAUUUGAUGUUUGCCAUUUUAAUAGUUAGAUACUUGGAUUUCCACUCCUAGCCAGAAGACGGGGUCUCACGGGAGCUUCAAACUGAUGAAAAUACUGUCUGAACCUGGGACAAACUCGCCAGUUUGACGAGAAGAUUUAUGAUCGAUAGACUCUCAGCGACCAGGUUGGAUUUGACCGGCCAUGGCGAUGGCGCUUCCUCUUGGGAAGCUCACUAUCCUCGUCGGUGCAGGUAUACUUGGGUCUGUCCUCGCGAAGGAGGGUCGCAUGUCAAAUGUAUCUGACUUUUUGUCUGGUGCUUUUAAGAUUGUUGUGAAGCAAAUUAAAAGAGAUGAUUCUGCGCCAAGUGCCAAACCCCCAAAUGAUGCUCUUCUGGCACAGGUUUCUAAGGAGUCAAAGCACAUUUCAAGGAUUGCAGAGUGGUGGCUUGGUCACUGUGACACCCAAGAAUAUGGUAAAUAGCUUACGUGAAGAACUGCAGCUUUUGGCAUCGGAUAGAUCGGUUAUGAUUAUAACCGGAGGAAGAUCAGGUGCUGGCACCUAUGGGGUCCCAGUUGUCAUCGUUGUUGGUGUAGGAUAUGGAUAUAUAUGGUGGAAGGGUUGGAAGAUUUCUGACAUGAUGUUUGCAACAAGACGUGGUUUAUCUGAAGCUCGCACAGCCGUAGCUAGUCAGCUCGACCAACUUUCCUCAUCCAUUUCACAAGCAAAGCGAUUUUUAUCUUCAAGAAUUGAUCGUGUGGAUUGUAGAUUAGAUGAGUGUUUAGAGAUCACAGCUGCGACAAAAGAGGAGAUUUCCCAAGUACGAGGUGAUACGGAUGUUAUUGGCGUAGAUGUGGAAUCUGUUCAUCGUGCAGUGCAAACUCUGGAAACAAGAAUUGUGAAAAUAUCAGGGAAACAGGAUCUUACAAAUGAAGGAGUUCAAAAGCUUUGCACUGUUGUCUGGGAAUUGGAACAAAACAAAAUGUCGGAGCGUAUUGAGGCAUCACCGUCCAGUUCAUCCAGGCCAGCUUUGGAACUUCGACAAAUAACACCGACAUCAAGGCAGAUGAGUUCUUUGCCACCCAGAGUUUUAUCAUCGGAGCCACCAUAUCCAUCUGCAUCUAGUGAAUCUCCGAAGGUUUCACGACCACUGCAGAGUGCUGUAUCAACCUCGGGUCUGAAGGAGCUUCAAGGAAUGACAAAUGCAACUAUUGAGGCAUCAACGCGACCCGAACUUAAUAAUGGGAUCCAAAAUUCAGAAGCUGUGAACGGCAAUGAAUCUAUGAGUAGUUCCAGUCGGACUGGGUGGAGAUUUCCUGGAUUAAAUGGAUAUUUUCUUUCAAGAACACACAGUGCAAAUUACUCCAAGUAGGAUUUUCCGGGCAAAUCACCCCUCUAUUGAUCAUUAUUUAUCUGUAUAUUUGAUACAUACAUUAGAGUUGAUAUGCUGUGCGCCUGUGCGGAUUCUCUCAGGUUGAGAGUGCUUGCUAUAUACAUGAAAACAGGACCAAGCACAAAAUUUUGUAGAUCUUAAUUUUUAUUUGGUGACAAGAACUUUCCCUUCAUAAUUGCAAUAAAAAGGGGUGUGGAGGAAAAGUAAUAAAAACAAAGGUGGGGAGGAGUUCUACAUAA